AAGACAGCAGAGAUCAGCAGACCGGCGGAUUUUACAAGGCCAGGACGCACACUGAAGAUGUUCAGCGACAAUUUAAUGAAGAAGGAAGUUUCUCUGUCCAUCUGUGCACAGGUUCUGUUGUUCUGUGCAGUGAUGUGUGUGAGACAGAGAGGAGAACCGUGUUCACACACAGAGCCGUGCCAGAAGGGGCUGCGCUGCCGCUACACCGGAGGAACCCGGAACCGGACCGGAGUGUGUGCUGCUCCUGAUGCAGCCUCCUGUGUAGUGGGAAACUCUGUGUACCACAGCGGCGAGACAUUCUUCCCGAGCUGCAGUUACCAGUGUGUGUGUCACGGUGGGCAGAUCAGCUGCGUCCCCCGCUGUAACCUGGACGUGAUGCUCCCAGGUCCGGACUGUCCGUUCCCCCGUAAGGUGCAGGUUCCAGGAGAAUGCUGUGAGAAGUGGGUGUGUGAUGCGCAGGCCGAGGUCAGCGUGCUGGGGGGCUUCGCCAUGGCGGCAUACAGACAGGAGGAGACGUUGGGCUUCGAUCCCAGCAUGGAGUGCAUGGAGCAGACAACAGAGUGGAGCGCGUGCUCCCGUUUCUGUGGAAUGGGCGUGUCCACACGGGUGACCAAUCAGAACCGGCGCUGUGAGAUGGUGAAACAGAGCCGCUUGUGUAUGGUGCGUCCCUGCCACGCCCUCGAAGAGCAAGCAGACCCUCAGGAAGUUGGGGCGUGUGUCAGGACGACGCAGAGCCCCAAACCCGUCCACUUCACCUUCAGGAACUGCUCGAGCGUGCAGGCGUUUCGUCCUCGUUUCUGCGGCCGUUGUUCUGACGGUCGCUGCUGUACGCCGCACGCCACCAAAACGGCACCCGUGAGGUUCCGCUGCCCGAACGGAGCCACACUCAAGAGACCCGUCAUGUUCAUCCGUACGUGUGUGUGCCACCGUAACUGCCCAGAAGAGAAGGUGGAGGAGGAUAGAGUACCACAGCGCGGACCUGAGAUGGGCUACACCGCCAUCCUCACCCGCUGAAGUCCUGUGAAGAACACACCGCAAACAUGGAGACACUGAGGAGCAGGAGAGAUGACCUCAGUGCGGGUUUAUACAAACAUCCCCAUCAAAACAGCUGAUAAACAAUAAUAAUUAACCCUUUAAAUCCUGUGAUGGUCACGGCACCACGAUCGAUCACGACUUACAUAUUUCUUACUAAUUAAAGAAUUUUUUAUCUUGGAUACUUACGCUAUAUUAGUCGCAACGAUCAGUAGCUUAGCUGUUAAAAAUCCACUCAUAGCACCACAGUUUAGUGUUAUUUUAUUCUAGUUGUAAAACAGCACUCAACAAAGUGUUUGUAUUUUUAUUUAUUCACUGUUUUUUUAAAAGGCAGAAGUUAUAAAACUGUAAACAGCUUUUUAAAAAAUCUUUUGAUGAAUCAUUUGUCAGUCUGGUCAUUCUGCAGAAGGUUCAUGUUUUUUCAGAUAUCUGUGCUGAAAUGAUGUAAAGGACCACGUCUUUAAAAUGAUCAGUUAACGUUAACUAUCCACAAAACAAUCGCAGAUCUGUGAGGAAUAAAAGGACGUGUGAUGCGUUAUUCCUGGAUGGAGAAAAAAUUCCCAUUGAUUUUCUCUAGAAGUUUCUCCAGAUCCAAAAUUGUAUAAUACUGUACUAACGAGUACUGAAGAGAACUAAUGAAUACUGAAGAGUCCUGAAGAGUACUUAAUAGUACUGGAGUACUAAAGAGAAUAAUACUAUAUAUAUAAUACUAUACUAACGAGUACUAAUGAGUACCGAAGAAGACUAACGAGUACUGAAGAGUACUAAUGGGUACUGAAGAGUAUUGAAGAGUACUGAAAAGUACUAAUGAGUACUGAAGAGUACUGAAAAGUACUAACGAAUACUGAAGAGUACUAAUGAGUACUGAAGAAGACUAACGAGUACUGAAGAGUACUAAUGAAUACUGAUGAGUACUGAAGAGUACUGAAGCGUACUGCAGA